AUGGCUUCUCGUGAGAAAAUUGCAAUCAUCGUGGCCCUUGUUCUCUUUUGUAUUUGCUUCGAGGUUGCUAAAUGCUUUUCCCAACGGCUGUACCUCGGUGCGCCUAAUACAACCUUAUUGUCGAGGUUCUGCAGUAAUGAAAAGACUGGUGAUGGUUCACGUUACCCAGUUGCUGUGGGCUUCAUGCUUCUAGAAAUACUGAACACAGCAAUGAAAGGUCACAAUUAUUACACCACAACUCAUUUUUUUGGGGCGAUAGUGUACGGACAUGGAGCAUGUAAUGGACAACUUGAACAAUUGAAUUGCAAUGACUGCCUAAAUGCUGCCGAAGAAGCAUUAGCCUGUGAUUCGAGUGUUGGAGCACAAGUUCAGCUUCAAGAUUGCAGGAUUAGGUAUGAGAAUUAUCCCUUUAUAGAGUGA